UUUUUAUGAAAAACGUGAACAAAUUUGUAAUAUUGUCAUUUCUUCUAGUGAUAAACUAUGCAUUGGAAGAUAUGGAUAUGAAACAAUAAAUUGAUUAACUUGAUCAAAACAGAUUUGGUCACACCCUUCUUGAUACAAUUUAUUUACAAUUGCAAACUUAAGAACCAAUUGAAAGAUUGAUGGGAACUUUACAAUAAAUUGAAGAUAGAUACUAUUAAGAUUAAAAGGAGGAGGAUGUUUCACAUAGGGAAUAUUAAGACUCUUGUACUGUGGUAUUAAUUAUAAGUAUUCAUAAAGGAUUUAUAAAAUUUGGAUUAAAAUAUCAAAAUAAGCGAUAAUGAAAGGAUUAAAUUGGAAGCAAGAUUAGAAGGUGAACUUUAUCCAAAAAGAGAAAUCUUAUAAAAAUUGAUAGCUUAAAAAUCAGCUGAGCUCAAAGAAUUCAAAGGAGAGCUAAAUGAAUUAGAUGAAUAAAGAGAAGAAGAACAUGAAGAGCAUUAACAUAAAAUUCAUGAACAUGAAGAUGUUAUUGGAAUAUUGAUGUAGGCUAGAACUCUUUUUUCAGAGAAUCUUUAAACACAUGACAAUUCUUUUAUUGAAUUAAAUAAUAAUGGAAUUGAAUUACUUUAGAAGCAUUUUGGAGCAUCUAUUAAAAGAGCAAGUAUUUAUUAUUAUAAAAACAUUAGGUAAAUUUACUUAUAGAACCUCAUGGGGUAAAAUGUUUAAAGCUUUGGCUACCAUAACUUCAAGAGUUCAUUAAUUAUAAGAUUCAGCUUAAGUAGAGAAUGUUAUCUUACUAAUUGAUUAAUUGUUAGAUCAAGUUCAUGAUUCUAUGGAUCUUGAGAAGUUCUCAGAAGAAAAAAGGAUUUAAGCUUAUGGAAAGACUAGAAAUUUACUUGUUAUUUCAAUAAAUACAACUGAAAGUACUUUAGCAAAUGCGAUAUCUGAUUUAGCAUUGUAAUUUAUUAUAAUAUACAUCUUUUAGAGUAAACGAAGUGAUUGACUAGACUUUAGCCACUCUUGAUAAUGUAAAUUAAAGAUUAGAAAUGCUUCAAUAAUCUAGAGAUGAUAGAUUCACUAUUUGUGAAUAAGAAGCUUAAGAUUAUUAAGAUUCUAGAUCAUAAAGGUAUAUGAUUAAAUUCUUACUUUUAGAGAAUCUGAUAGAGAUGUUGUUUCUUAGACAAUUGGAUUACUAAAUAAAUCAUUAAGAACUUUAAAGGAGCAAUUAGCAUUAAGAAUUUCAGCAGGAGAAUAAUUUGAAUAUUGA